UGAUGAUGCUCUCCUGAUGUGUCGGUCCCGAUGUAGUCGCGCACGUCGACCACACCAACAUGCACAUCCUUGACAAUUGCCUUGUCAAGUGAAGUUGAUUUUGACUGUGUCGCUCAUUCCAAUUUUCCCGCCAGAUCCAUGGUCCCAUAGACGUAUUUAUAGUUUCCCUAGAUCAUCUGCAAUCAACACAAGAAAGUCAUUCCCUUGCAUUAGACCACCUCCUUGUAGUUUCCUGUACGAUCAUCAGCAUCAUGUUUUGUUUUUGGAUUUAGCGAUUGAUCAUGUUGAGUUCGUAUUUGCUUUGUUUCGACCUUCAGUAAAGAAAUCCCAAGAAGAUGAAGAUGAAAAGGAAGAUCGUCCUGUAGUCCCCCUGUACCUGUUCAUGCCCUUGUUGACCGGUUUAAGAUUUUAACUCCAUUGUUUUGGCCGUGUUACCGCUAGAAACUACUAGCAUUUUUCAUAGCACCAAUCGAACAGCACCCACGCCACCAUGUACCCCAUCAUUUACGACGGUCUUUCGGCCGACCGCAUCCCCCUGCAGAUUCCCCAUCUGCGUAGCUCCUCCACCACGAACUCCGCUUCUCGGCGCAGUUCCAGCACCACCUCCGCACGAACUUCCAGCACGGCCUCGAGAGCAAGAAGCACCAGAAGCACUCGGGCGACGAGCAUUGCGGACGAGGAGGACGAGGAUGUUGACGCGCGUACUACUGCAACUAGCACAAAGACUGGCGGUGACCAGCGUAAUUGUACGAGCCACGGGGACGAGGAGGACGACCCGGUAGAUCAUAAUGGCCGCCUAGGCGGCGAAAACGAUAAUGAACCCAACACCGAAAUAGCGCGAGAUGCUUCCGCCUCCUCCAACAAGCCCCUUCCCAAAUGGCGGCUUGUUGACCUUUUCCCGCAGCUCCCCCCGCCCCAGCGGUUUUUACGGUUUGUGGACUUGGAGGAAGGGGAGGUGCUGACGCGAAUCGAUGUGGAAAAGGAGCGCGACUUGGACUUUUCGAAUCCCUGGGAGCUUGCCCUGAUGCGGCCCGGCGUAGACGCAAUGGGCCAGCACGAAAAAGACGAAGAGAUCUUGGGGGGCGCGGCGAUAACUACAGGUGGUGCUCCUGGCGGAACAACUACAACUUCUGGUGAAAGCGCAGGGGCGCAACAACGUCCGGUGUACAACUCGCCCAGGACUCACUCUAUCGACUCCAGCACACAGGCCAGCUCUGCUGGUGCCCGGGAAACUAAUAAUUAUACAGGCGGCUCUUCAGUGUCAACCGGUCGCAUCAAGAUUGACGAUCUCAUAAACGCCGACAUGAAUCAUGAAAAUGAUCGAAUACCUCCGAACAAUACCGUAGACGACCCAUGGGGGCGGGCGCCUGCCGCCCACAUCAGCAGCAAAACGUAUUCCACGCGAAAUCGGCAUGCAGCGUUUCUGAAGAACAACUUCGGCACCGCACGGCAGGUAGCUACGUAUAUGACGGAUCUCUACGCCCAUUUUGCAGACAUUUUGGUGCACGAGGGCCGUGUAAGUGGGGACUAUCGAAACCGGAUCUUGAUUGACACCUUCAUGGACUCGGUGCAGAGUGGCAAGCCCUUCUACAACCCCGAUGACGACUACUUCCAGCAAGAAGUCGCUUCUGGAACAGCAGACUUGUUCCACGACAACAGUUGUGCCGCGGUGGAUAAUAAAGUAGAGCGGGCUCCGACUAAUUAUAGAGACGAUCGCCAACAUGAUGUUCAGCGGCCCGGUACUUCUGCGUUGCCCGCUCCAGGAGCCACGACGGACCACAAUUCGGAACUCGCAUCCCUCUACACAAAUCGAAGCGAAAGCGGGGCGCACUUGUCCGAAAUAGGUAUCGACUUCUCUUCCAGCUCGUUGGCGGACCUGCAAGACGAAAAGACGCGACGUGCUAGUAGUACAGUAGACGAAUCGUCUACGUCUGCAGUCAUUCGACUUGCUGGACAACAGGAGGUCGUGAAAAUGGUGUCUACUUCAUAUGACAAAAAUUCGAGAGAGUCUCUGAAUUCCACUAACUCGUCAAACAGCUUCUCUCCGCGCGUUCGAAGGUCCUCGGGUACGAACCUGGAGCGGUGGCGGCCAACCUUGGCCGAAUACAUGUAUGUUGCGAACGCGGCGAUUGCGCAGCUGAGCCAGAAUCCCCGCCAGCUCGCCGGAUUUCUCGGCUAUGCCGCAUCCAUGGCCCCUUUAGGUAUAUUCGCGGAGACCCUGCAGGCCGUGCGGCACUGCUGCGGCAUCUACGAGGAUAACUUGCUUGUUCCGAACGGUGUCUACUCGCUGGACUCGAUGACCUCCACACAUCAAGGUGUGUCAUUAAGCCGCGAAGAGGAGCUGGAAGAGCUGUCCUCGUUGCACCGGCAGACCAGCGGCAGCAGUUUCGCCGAGUACCGCCAUACGCCUACGAGAUCAGCGCAAGUCGGAGCUGCACCCAUGGCCAUGGGAGGUGUCGGCGCUAGUAGUCCGCACGCUGCACGCACUUCAACCUGGGAAAAUGGGAAACUCGUGGAACUGUCGACAACCUCAACCACUGGUCAUGCCAGCACGUCGGUGGAACACGAUUUUUAUCAAUUACAAUACCUCCAGUUCCAGAAGCUCGAGAACGAGGUGGCGCAGGCCAUGAGCAACAACUCGACGAACUUCAAGCACGACAACCUGCCGCCGCAGAUUCGCAUCCCGCCCAAGGAGCACAUGUUCAUGGAACAAAAUAGCGUGCUACUCGAGUACCGAGGCAGCCCGGCGGGUUUAGAUGACAAGCAAAAGAUGAAGCUUCUGUCCUCGAUUCUGAACCAGCGCGCUUUUUGCGCCAAGACGCCGCUGAGCCUGGCUUGCGAGAAAGGGCGCCCGCAGGUGGUCCGCGCGCUGCUUGCCGAGCCGCUGUUGGACGUUAAUUGCAUUUCGGGCUUUGGGCGCACCCCGCUGAUGCAGGCCGCCGCCAACGGGCACGAACAGGUCGUGCGGUUGUUGCUGCAGCAUCCGGAGCUGCACGUAGCACGACGAUCGGACACCAACACGACAGCACUGUACUCCGCGGCGGCGGCAGGACACGGCGUUAUUGUUGAAAUUUUUCUGGAAUACUUCAAAAACCUUCACGCCGUCGCGGCCAAAACGCUUAAUCAUAGUACAACAGGACGAGGAGAAGUGCGAGGAACAGGAGCUGCUGGAAAUCACGACCCACAAGAACAACUACACGAAGUCGAAGACCCUUCUUUCUCAAACGACUUCUCUCUGUCCUGCCAUUCCCUUUUGUCGCAGAUGUCGCAGAAGUUCGGUCGAUCAGCCUGGCUGGCCUCUUACACCGGCUCGGUCAACGUGAUCUCCGUUUUCUUGACGCAUUUGCAAGGUAUUAGAGGGCACAGAACGAGUUGUACCCGCCACGGGGCGCCCACGGCGCACCAUCCAGGAGGACCAAAUGCGUCGGCCGAUUUUGACGUGAACCAACGAGACCCCAGUACGGGGCAAACCUUGCUGUUGAAGGCCGUGGACGCCGGGCAUUACAGCGCAGCGGAGCUGCUGCUGGUACGCGGAAAAGCGGACGCGGACUUGGCGGACAAGAGAAACCGCACACCAUUGAUUGCCGCGGUCACCAUGUUCGACAAGACCCAGAGACGCAAGUUUCUUGAAUUGCUCUUACUCAAGGGCGGCGCGGUCGUUGUGCCGGGCGACCUGAAGUUGAACCGAGGAAUAAGUCCAAAACUGUCAACGUCCCGCAAGAACUUCGGUAGCAGCAGCGGAGCAGGAAGUCCGAAGAACAAGUCAUUUCUCGAGAGGACUACGCCUAUGCUACUGACCAGUCGAAACUACGAACCUCAAACUUCAACUUCGUCUCUCCUCGCAGGCGGCGCGAAAAACGCCUUCCUGCGUGGUCGCAGCAAGUCGAACAGGCAGGAGCAGUACUUUUGGUACGAAGACGAAAGCGCAGGGCGCAGAAAGAAAACCGCUCUACUUCCAGAGGAAGAUGUUGAAACGAGCAGCGCGUUUCUCCAGCGGGCAGUCACAAAUCCUUUGCCGACAGUCACGCCGGCGGAAGGCGACGGGCAAUUCGAUACGACGACUACGAGAGAUCACGAGGUUGUGGCUCCUGGUGGUCCUUCUGCUUCUCCUCCCACUUUGGGUCCUGGUGUUCUUUCCGCUGGCACCGCGGGAGUAACAGCUACAAGCAAUAACGACGCCAGGCCCCCACAGGUCUUUCGUCUUGUCAAGACCGAUGACUUGGAGGAAGGGACCGUUGGCCCUGCGCCCGACCUGCUUGUGGCUAAUGCCGAACACAGGAAAGAUCCAGUACGGGCGGGAAUGCUCAGUCCAAAGCAACGAACUGCCGGCUCGCCACGCAGUCCCGCGAUAAAGACGGCGCUUUUUAUUGCGAUUGAACGGGAAGACGUCAGUUCUGCCCGAUUGCUAGAGCAAUUUAUGGAAUCCGGCUGGGUCAGCAGUGACGAAGAUUUUUGAUCUUUUGGAGAACAUGAGUACUCAAAAAAAUAUUUAUUAAGAGUACAGCCAUAAGAUAAGUACUUACAUACUUACAACUUCCGAUGGUUAAGCGUACCGAACGUGGAAGCAAAAAAAAGUUGCAAAAACUUUUUCUCCUGGUGGUGAUAUCCAAUGUCAAUGUUUUCGGACGAAUAAAGAUAUCUUUCUUCAACAACAAGUGAUGCCGUUUCUGCAUCAAUCUGUUAAACUGACAUACAUACCCCAAACGUGUACAUGUACUUGACUGGUCAUAUAAAACCCUACUCGAAUCUUUUCUGAUGCAGGUCUGAACCUGCUUGUGUAUGAAGCGACAUUCCCAACAAGGUAUAU